AUUCCCAACUACGAGCCCCGAGUUUGUAGAUGGGGCUGCUUGGCGGCGCCUGCGGCUGAGGGAAAGCGGCGGCGGCGGCGGCGGGCGGAGCGGAGCGGCGGCGGCGGCGGCGCGGAGGCGGUCGAGGUGCGAGCCGCAAUGCAGCAAGUCUUGGAAAACCUUACUGAGCUGCCCUCAUCUACAGGAGCAGAAGAAAUAGACCUCAUUUUCCUUAAAGGGAUUAUGGAGAAUCCUAUAGUAAAAUCACUUGCUAAGGCUCAUGAGAGGCUUGAAGAUUCAAAAUUAGAAGCUGUCAGUGACAAUAACUUGGAAUUAGUCAAUGAAAUUCUUGAAGAUAUCACUCCUCUGGUAAAUGUGGAUGAAAAUGCAGCAGAGCUGGUUGGUAUACUCAAAGAGCCUCAUUUCCAGUCACUCUUGGAAGCCCACGAUAUUGUGGCAUCAAAGUGUUAUGAUUCACCUCCAUCAAGUCCAGAAAUGAAUAAUUCUAUCAAUAAUCAGUUAUUACCAGUCGAUGCCAUACGUAUUCUUGGUAUUCACAAAAGAGCUGGGGAACCAUUGGGUGUUACAUUCAGAGUUGAAAAUAAUGAUCUAGUAAUUGCCCGAAUCCUUCAUGGAGGAAUGAUAGAUCGACAAGGUCUGCUGCAUGUGGGAGAUAUCAUUAAAGAAGUCAAUGGCCAUGAGGUUGGAAAUAAUCCAAAAGAAUUACAAGAAUUACUGAAAAAUAUUAGUGGAAGUGUCACCCUAAAAAUUUUACCAAGUUACAGAGAUACCAUUACUCCUCAACAGAGUUGCAUCAGUAUGGAGAGGCAACCAGCACGUGUCCGUCAGGUAUUUGUGAAGUGUCAUUUUGAUUAUAAUCCAUACAAUGAUAACCUGAUACCCUGCAAAGAAGCAGGAUUGAAGUUUUCCAAAGGAGAAAUUCUUCAGAUUGUAAACAGAGAAGAUCCAAAUUGGUGGCAGGCUAGCCAUGUGAAAGAGGGAGGCAGUGCUGGUCUCAUUCCAAGCCAGUUCCUGGAAGAAAAGAGAAAGGCAUUUGUUAGAAGAGACUGGGACAAUUCAGGACCUUUCUGUGGAACUUUAAGUAGCAAAAAAAAGAAAAAGAUGAUGUAUCUCACAACCAGAAAUGCAGAAUUUGAUCGUCAUGAAAUCCAGAUAUAUGAGGAGGUUGCCAAAAUGCCCCCGUUCCAGAGAAAAACACUAGUAUUGAUAGGAGCUCAGGGUGUGGGCAGACGAAGCUUGAAAAACAGGUUCAUAGUACUGAAUCCCAGUCGAUUUGGAACUACAGUGCCAUUUACUUCACGGAAGCCAAGGGAGGAUGAAAAAGAUGGCCAAGCAUAUAAAUUUGUGUCCCGAUCCGAGAUGGAAGCAGAUAUUAAAGCUGGAAAGUAUUUGGAGCAUGGGGAAUAUGAAGGAAAUCUCUAUGGAACCAAGAUCGACUCUAUUCUUGAAGUUGUCCAAACUGGACGGACAUGUAUUUUGGAUGUCAACCCACAAGCGCUGAAAGUGUUGAGGACUUCGGAGUUCAUGCCAUACGUGGUCUUUAUUGCUGCCCCUGAGCUGGAGACACUGCGUGCCAUGCACAAGGCUGUGGUGGAUGCAGGGAUCACCACCAAGCUUCUGACGGAUUCAGACUUGAAGAAAACAGUGGAUGAAAGUGCCCGGAUUCAGAGAGCCUACAACCAUUAUUUUGAUCUGAUCAUUGUAAAUGACAAUCUUGACAAAGCCUUUGAGAAACUACAAACUGCCACAGAGAAACUGAGAAUGGAGCCACAGUGGGUUCCAAUCAGCUGGGUUUACUGAUAAUGCAACAGGUUAACAGUUAAAAUAAAACUUAAACAGUGACUCAACAAAUAAACCUUCUGCUGAGAAAAUACAUACACAGAUAGAAGAUAAUCUGCCAAGUCAAGGCAUUUUUAUUGUGUAGAUUGAAAUAACAGUACACUAUUCUGAAUUUUUAUAUAAAAUGUGGUUGAGAAGGUGUACUAAUAUAUAAUUUAUCUUAAUUUUUCUAACUUUUUAUGGAUAAUCUUUCUAUUCAUAUCACAUAAAGAAAUGCGUUGAAGCAUUUUGUAUAUGUUUUGAUUUAGUACCCUUUUUCAUCAGGAAUUUUCAGAUCAUUCACUCUUAACAUUGGUCUCACAUUUUCACUGUGAUAAUGAAUACUUGAAAUAGUUUUGUAAAGCUGUCAUCUAGUUCAGUAACUAGUCAAGGGUCAGAUGCUCUUAUUAGAAGAAAAUAGUAGUUAUCAGCCUUUCCUUCUUAAUCAAAUUUUUACAGAAGCAGGAUUUUAAAAUCAGUGCUAUGGCUAAUCUCCUACCAUCUAAAUCUGAUAUCCAAAGUCUUGCCAGUGUCACAUAUUUUACAUUAUUUCAGUGAUUUAUUACUGUCUAAUUUAUACAGUAAGUAGGUGGGGUUUUUUUCCUCAUUUCUAACUUAAGUGAAAAAUUGAAGAGCAAUCCCUUGCACUCUCUUACGAGAUUAUUCUUCUCAUUUGUUGCUGUGACAUGCUGAUGCUAACUGACGUAUAUAGAAUCUCAAGCCAGGUCAUGCACACUGAGAGGUGCCUUAUCCUGGAAAAUACAAAUUCACACUUUUUAAGGGUAUGGUCAGUAAAACUGUGCCUACAAAUUUCUGUGCUGUUUAAAGAUGGCUCUAAGUUUACCAUUGGAAGUGUUUUUGUGAAGGAUCCAUAUGAUUUUUGAAUGUGAUGUGAGUGUUAGGGUACUUGUUAUAUUUGUUGUAUGGGAAAAUCAAAUUCAUUGGAUAAUUUACAAAAAUUAGAAAUAUUUGUCUAUAUAUAUACUUACAUAGUAGAUACAUUAUAUAAAUUGUGUCAUAUUUUAUAUAUAUUAUAAAAUAUGUACUAAAUAAUGGUUUGAGGGGUUUUGACAUUUCUUUUAGGAAAUGUACUUUUUUCUUGAUGACUAGGAUAAAGUUUUUGAGAUGCAUAUAACAUAUUCCCACAUUCACCUCUGUUUUCCUUUAGGACUUUUGCAUAGUAUAAUUUUUUUUCUAAAACCUUUAGAGGUCCAAAUCGUUGAUAACCUAGUAUAACCAUAUUCGGUAUCACUUCUAGCUUUUCAUAUACAGUUUUCAUACUUUAAAAAGGGGUUAGGUGUUUAAAUAUUGAUGAGACUCUGGUGACAGAGAUGCCUGGCUACUGUAUUUGUUUAAAGUGGAAAUCUAAAUCUGUAGGAUUUUUGUUUUUAUUGGUUUUAUAGCCAGAAUGCAAAUUAUUUAUCCAAAACCUGAAAAUUGGUGACAUGGUAGAUCAUUCCCCUUUGAUAACUUUGGAAAGUGCUAAGCUGUAUUUGCCCUUAAUAUUGGCUUUUCAAAACAAUGUGAAUCAAAGCACAGUAGUGAGGUGAAAGCCUGUGAUUUAAUGUUUCCACACACCAUAUGCUUAAGAGAACUAUCGGUUACACACCUAGGAAAUGGGUUGUGUCUCCCUGGUACACCUGCAUGCUGCUGCAGGAAAGCUUUUCACACAGCCUUGGCAUGCCUGUGGCAGCACGGAAGCUUAUCCACACAGCAUCCUACAGCAGUGCUGUGCUGAGGCCAGGGGCUCAGAGGCCCCACCAGGAUUUUUCCAGGUAAUGUGAUGAAGGGAUUGUCUUCCUCUUAUAGGAAAAGUCUGAGAUAGUAGACUUCCUUAUGAUAGCUUUACUGAAGAGAAAGUGGUUCACAGUGAUAACUGAAUAAUUGAUCAUCGGUAAAGAAGGUGUGCUGGUGCAUAACACCUGAGGAUUCCUGUGGCCAGAUCCACAUCCAACACUCGGCAUGACUGUUCCUGUGUGUGUUCUUUUUCAAAUCACCUUGGAGGUGACCCUCUGCAUUAACUCUACAUUUAGCUGUAAAAGGUGGAAUAUAUUUGAUGCCAUUUAAGUAGAAUUUUUACCUUCAUUAUGGCCCAGCUUUUAUUAUGACACCCCCAUUCUUGUUAUUCUUGGUAUUUAGGGAAUAUCCAAUAUUAACUACAUCAGGUGUUUAUUUUAUUUUGACCAACUUCAUUCAGAAGCUGACUAUAGUUUUCCAAAACAGAAAUUGUGAUCAGAAACCCAAUAUGACUACUGCAGCAGGAGUCUACAACCUAGAUUGUAGAAUCUAGUAAAUUUGUAACAACCCAUGAGAAGUUUUCUUUAAAACUGCAAAUUGGUUAUUAGGAUACACCCACAGUUUAACCCAAAUCAGCAAUAAAAUCCAAUGGCAUAACAUGACCAGAUACUGUUUUGCCCAUGCUAAUAACCUAAUGACAAUAAAAUCCUUACUUUAAAUUUUUUAUGUAUAACCUGUGUCAUGAUACAAAGAUUGAAGUUUUAGGGUAAGAUCGGCAUAGAACUAUUAUUUUGAAUUGGCACACUCAAAAUCUGAAUAAUCUACUUAGAUUUUACUUGAAUAACUUCUGAAAAACUCUUGUUCAGAAUCGCAGAUUAUAGAGUCAAUAAUUUUAGAAUAAUCAGUCUUUGUACUAAGUAUGAAAAUGGAAAUCUGAAAUUUUAUGUACAUAAGUAUUUCAUUUUAAAAUGUUGAGUAGCUGUAGCUAUGUGUAUAGAUACAUAUGUACAUAUAUAUACAUAGCUAUGCGUAGAAUAUUUGACAUUCUCCAAAAGUAUGUGAAUAAUAUAAAUAUAUUCACCCACAUAAAUUUUUUCAUUGCUCCUUAAGUUAGUAGAAAUAGUUUGAUUGUUUUUAAAGGCUCUGGUCCUACCUUGAAGCUGAUACUAAUCUCCUUUCAGGAAAAUAUAUGAGAAAUUAAAUUCAGAAAACGUUUUAUUGUUCUAACUUAAUUUCCUUAUGAAAAUACAGAGUUCUUAGAUAGAAGCCUCUUGGGAAAAGCUUAUUUAAAUUUCAAAUGAAUUUGUGCCAUGAUUCAGUCUUAAAAGAUUACAAUAUCUGCCCUCCUCUUGUUCUAAGGGAUUUGCUGUGAGAACUUUUGUAAUAACAUGUAUAAUGUAUCUGGAGUUCCUGGGAAAACUCAGUAUAUUAAAUGAUGGCAUUAUUAUGUGUAGCGUAACUGGAUAUAUGAUUCACAAGCAUGUAAGAAUACACUUCCCCAAUAAUUCGGCAUCGUCUCAGUUUUUAUGGAAGUAUGUAUGAUAGGCCUGAUGCAGGUGGCAGUUCUCUGGUGUUUUAAGGUAGGGUUAUUUCUAAACUGCAUUUUUAUUUUAACUCUUUACAAGUUAUAUUCUUUUUCUCAUAUUUCAUCCUGUUACCAUCUGUGAAAUGCCCAGGAUCAAACAUGAGUCCUUAACAUGUACCACAAAGAAUGGUAGUGGCCCAGUUGCCAGCUAAGGAGCAUGGUUCACACAGCUUGAACAACACCCUGCAGGACUGUCUUAAACACACCAUCAUGAUAAAAACAGUGUAUUUGCACUGGUAGCAUCCUAAUUCUGACUCUGGUUUUUGGUGAAAAUUUAUACCUUCAUUUAUCUUUACUCUUACCCAUACUGCAUAGAGCUUCUGUUAAUAUAGCUUUAAGUUAUAAGACCAGGAAUCACUUGUAACUAUGAUGUGGUAAAUCUUUUAGGCUAUUUAUUAAAUAUGUUCGCUUACAUUGA